AUGUCAAACCUCUCUCUCGAGUAUCUUCCCAAUCUCCUAGUAUUCAAGAACGAGAACUACGACCUAGUCCAUUCUUUACCUUACAUUGAACAACCACUGAGUAAGCAGAAGGAUCAUACUGGAAAGUCCGAACAUGACAAAGUCAAAGAUGUGAUCAACCAAGAAAUGAAAGCUAUGGACAAGACUCCAGAGAGUUAUAUAAAUGAACUGCCAAUCCCCCAGACUAGAUUUUUAGAUUCUGAAGAAAUGCAGAAGGAAUUUGAUAGGAUUUCUAAAAUUAAAUCAGACAUGAAGAAGCAUGACCAAGACAUUCAUGAAGAUAUUUCAGACAAAAUCCCAGAAAUUCAAUUGGAGUAUUCUUCUAUCAAAAGACUUAAUUUGGAACUCAUGCAGCAAUAUGAAGCAGAUGAAUGGGAUCAGCAGCAGAACGAUGACCUGAUUCAUAAUUUGGAAUACCAGAAAUCCCAAAUCGAAAAGGAAAUACUCGUCAAACCAAAGUCCAAGACCAAAUCAUAA